CUCCUCUCCUCUCCUCUCCUCUCCUCUCUGUCCUGUAGUCUCUUAAACUGACUGGAAGACAGGGGGAGAAUCGCCUCUCAUACACUGACUAGCUGAGAGGACAGAGGAAGAAUAUUUUCUGAGAGGACAGGGGAAGAAUAUUUUCUGAGAGGACAGAGGGAGAACCGUUUCCUGGCAGCUAGGAAGAUGAGGAGGUUCCAGUCCAUGAGAUGGUUUCGUUUUCCCUGGUUAAGGAGAGAGACCGCACAGACUGAGACCAGCCCACUCAUACCAAAGACAGACACAGAUAGAGAGUUGUCAGGAGUCCUUCAAGGGAGUGAGGACAGCAGCACAGAAGAACAGGCUCCAGAACCAGGACCAAAUGAUGGACCAGAGAACCAGGGUAGAACCAGGGAGGUAGAACCCAGAGCCCAUAGCAGGCCCUUCUCCCUGAGCGACUGCCUUCUCAAGUACCUCCUGUCCUUCAGCAACCUCCUCUUCACGGUGCUAGGCCUGUUGGUCCUGGCCCUGGGCCUGUGGGGCCUCAUCAAUAAGGAAUCCUUUGCUCAGGAGAAAAUAGGACAGAUCAGCACCGACCCCAUGCUGGUGUUUGUGAUGCUGGGCUUGGUGCUGUGUACCCUCUGCCUGUCAGGCUGUGUGGGGGCUCUGAGAGAGAACUGCUGCCUGCUCCAGGUCUUCUCAGCCACGGUGCUGGUCCUAGUAGUAGCCCAGGUCCUAGCGGCCAUCUUGGCCUACAGCCUGCAGGGACAGAUAGAGGGAUACCUGAGGUCAGGUAUGCUGGCUGCCAUGGUGCGUUACCAGGAUGACCUGGACCUGAGGUUCAUCACAGAUGAGAUCCAGAUAGGACUGCAGUGCUGCGGGGCCGACAACUACAGAGACUGGGAGGUCAACAUGUACUAUAACUGCUCUGCCCCGGGGGUGCUGUCCUGUGGGGUCCCUGCUAGCUGCUGUGUGGACCCCCUGGAGAACGGCACGGUGUGGAACUCCCAGUGUGGUGUAGGAGCCCAGCAGCUGGAUGAGUUCUCUGCCCAGAGCGUCAUCUUCCUGGGGGGCUGUCUGGGGGGCAUGUCCCGCUGGAUAGAGCAGCACACAAAGCUGAUAGGAGCCGUGGGUAUCGUCCUACUGGGGGUUCAGAUCAUCACUCUGUUCAUCACCACACGACUGAUGGAUAACAUCCAGUGGAGUAAAGCUACAAGAUAACAUCUAGUGGAGUAAAGCUACAAGAUAAUAACAUCUAGUGGAGUAAAACUACAAGAUAAUAACAUCUAGUGGAGUAAAGCUACAAGAUAACAUCUAGUGGAGUAAAGCUACAAGAUAAUAACAUCUAGUGGAGUAAAGCUACAAUACAACAUCUAGUGGAGUAAAACUACAAGAUAACAUCUAGUGGAGUAAAGAUACAAGAUAAUAACAUCUAGUAGAGUAAAGCUACAAAAUAACAACAUCUAGUGGAGUAAGCUACAAUAUGAGAUCUAGUGGACUAAAGCUACAAGAUAACAUCUAGUGGAGUAAAGCUACAAGAUAAUAACAUCUAGUAGAGUAAAGCUACAAAAUAACAUCUAGUGGAGUAAAACUACAAGAUAACAUCUAGUGGAGUAAAGCUACAAGAUAACAUCUAGUGUAGUAAAGCUACAAGAUAACAUCUAGUGUAGUAAAGCUACAAGAUAACAUCUAGUGACGUAAAGCUACAAGAUAAUAACAUCUAGUAGAGUAAAGCUACAAAAUAACAUCUAGUGGAGUAAAACUACAAGAUAACAUCUAGUGGAGUAAAGCUACAA